AUGGGUGCCAGUGAGUCCAAGCCCACUUUGGCCGGGCACAUCUGGAAGGCCUCAGGCCCCAGCUCCGUCUCCCACGAUCUCCUCGAUUCCCUGCAAUCCAACCCUGAGACCGAUGCUUCACGUGCCCGAACGGUUGAGAUCCAGAUCCAGGCUCGCGUAGCCGAAGAGUUGAAGAAGCUCCAGAACCAGGAGUCCGAGGCCCUCAAGGCGGCCCAGGACAAGAUCGCCGCAGCCGCCAACGAGAACAAGUCCGAGGAGGGCCAGAGCCGCCACACGGUUAGCAAACAGGUCGAGGAGUUCCGCCGCAAGCUCGAGGAGAGGAAGCAGGUCCGGACUCUCCCCGCGAAUGUCGAGAGCGCGAGGAACGAGGUCAUCAAGUGCUUAAUCGACAACGAUCGCCGGCCGCUGAAUUGCUAUGAGGAGGUUGAGAAGUUCAAGGUCGAGGUCAAGAAGCUGGAGCAGCAGUGGGUGAACAAGGUGGUCUCGUAA